AUGGGACUUGUUGAGCUUCAGCGCGCGAGCCGCUGCUCAGGCAGCUCUGAUGCCAUCGAAGCUUUGCGACAAGCCCAAGAGCACUUCCUGCGUGCCAUCCGAACCUUUCGCGACCAAAAGGUGGAAAGUAUCUGGAGUGCUGUCUCUUUCUGGGACAUGUACAUCGUGAUGCAAAAGCUGAAAUCGGAUGAGGCUGCAGUUCCAUGGCUGAAAAAGGCCAUUGAAUUGCAGGUCAGAAUGCAGGGAAGCGAGAAUGGUUACACCAAGCUCUAUCAGCAACGUCUGGCAGACAUGCUUGGUGUUCCAUUUUCCGCUGAGCUUGCAGAUCUCUCACCGGAAGAGAAGGAAGAAAUCGAGCGCGCACUGGACCCUCUAAGCCCCGCAUCCGUGGAUCAGGGGAUGUUGCGAAAUUGA